AUGCCUCCACCAUCUUCCGCAUACACGGAUCCCACAUACCAAUCAACCCACUACAACCUCUUCCGCGACUCCAUUACUAAACCUCUAACGCGCGUGCUGCCACCCGGCAUUUUGCGCUCGACAUUCGAUGUAGCGCUUGCGCGAUACAGGAGCGUGGUAGGGGACGAGCAAGUCUACGACAGCGAAGAGAGACUAGUCGAGUAUAUUGAUCCGUACGAGCUGCAUGAAGCGGAAGGCACGAGGAAGGUUCCUAGUGCGGCGGUGAGACCCAAGAAUAUAGAAGAGCUCAAGGGGGUACUAAAGGUGUCGAAUGAGUUUGGGAUUCCCGUGUGGACGUUUUCGAGGGGAAAAAAUCUAGGAUAUGGUGGCCCAGCACCGCGAGUCACGGGGUCCGUGGCACUAGAUUUGCACCGCAUGAAUAAGAUCAUCGAAGUCAAUGCCGAGUAUGCCUACGCCGUUGUGGAACCGGGCGUUACAUUUACAGACCUGUACGACUACUGUGUCAAGAACAAGCUAAAUGUGUGGCCGUCCGUUCCGUCGCUGGGCUGGGGCUCCGUCGUUGGCAACACACUCGAUCGCGGUACAGGCUUCACGCCGACAUCGACGCACCACCAGCACAUUGCUGGCCUAGAAGCCAUGCUCGCAAACGGCGAUCUGGUGCGGACAGGCCAAUUUGCUGUGUCCGACUCUCCGUCUGCGCAUCUCUCCAAGUUCACCUUUGGACCAAGCAUCGAAGGUCUAUUCUUACAGUCAAACCUAGGCAUCGUGACCAAACUGGGCAUUUGGCUCACACCCGCGCCGCAGGCUUACAUGUCAUGUACUUUCAACAUGCCAGAGCUCGAAGACGUUGAGACAAUUGCCGACAUCUUUGGCCCACUGCGCCGCGACGGCCUAUUGCCAAGCACCGUGUAUGUGUCCAACGUGACAGAGUGGCUCGGUAUGGUGGGCCAGCGCGAAGACUUUUGGCCGCACAAGACGCCGAUUCCUGACUGGCGGAUCAAAGAGCUGCAGACGGAGCUUGGACUUGGGUACUGGAAUGCAAAGUUCGGCCUGUACGGGGCAAAAGACGUGAUUCAAGCGCAUUUCGACCAACUGCAAAAGAUUAUCCUGCAAAAAGCGCCAAAGGGCCGGUUGGCGGGUAAGAUGUUUGCUGCACCAGAGGGCCAGACGCUCGAUGCAGCGUCAGUACCUGAAGCUGAAGGCGGCUUCUUUGUCGGAGUACCUUCGCUCUGGUCGCUGCCCAUGGUCAAAUUCAACUUGCCCAAGUCUGGAGGCGGCAUUGGCGCACAUUACGACUACAAUCCGAUUAUUCCGUCCAAUGGCAAGGAGAUCUUGUCGUGGGUCAAGACAGCCAAGGGCAUUUGUGAAAAGCAUGGAUUUGACUUGUUCUGCGACUUCUUCAUGCACGAACGUCAUGUCAUCUUCGUAGACAUGUUGACAUUUGACAAGUUGAAUGCAGGGCAGAUAGAGGCGGUGCAGAGGAUCUUUGACGACUUGUUCGAGCAGGGGAAAAAGAGGGGGUACAGCAAUUAUCGCAGUCAUGUGGAUUACAUGGAUCGCGUUGCUUCGCUGUACGAUUUCAACGACCAUGCAUACCGGAGAUUUGUCGAGACGAUCAAGGACGCAGUGGACCCAAACGGCAUUCUUUCACCGGGCAAGCAGGGCAUUUGGCCAAAACGGUUCCGUGAAGAGGAAAAGACGAAGGCUCACUUGUAG